CCUCAUUUUUCAACACACUGGCCCUCUGAACGUCUCUCUCUUUCUUAUGCCUCUUUAUGUCCCAUACCGUUCUAAUCCUUUAGGAAGUGUCUCUAAUGGGGUUUCAUUUCUCACUCACAAAUUUCUAAUGAAAACAUGUUUUUCUGAGAAAGUUCUAUGGGAAUUGAAUUGGGUUUUUAUUGCGGUAACCAUGAAAUCUUUUUCCCAUGAACUGUCGUCAGUCUCCUCGAGCCCUAUUUUCUCAACCGUUGUCUGUCUUUACGCUCUGAUUCUCCUCUAUUUCCCACACCUUUUCCUGAAAAUUGUUUUCUCGCCGGUACUCAACGCAACUGGGAUUCUGUUAUUCGCUCUACUCAGACUCGGUGCGAUUCAGAGAUUGGAAAACGAAGUCAAUGGAAACAAAGAAACAGAGGAAAUCGAUUCCCGUGAGCCCGGAAAACCCGACUUUCUCGAUGAAGAUUACAAGUGGGUCACGUCCCAUUCCGAAACAGACUACGAAACCGAAACGGGUUUCGACCCGACGCCGUGCUUCGAGGGCUCGUUCGUGGAAUGGGACGUGAGGGCACCAUUGGAGGUCAUAUACGAAGAGUACGAAGGCGAAGAAACAGGGGAUCCGAAUCCGAAUGAAAUGGGUCCGGACCCGACUGAGAGGGAAGCGACCCGGAAUGUAGGUAUUGAGAGGUACCCCUCGCUGUCAUUGUACUACCCGGAAUCGGACUCGGAAGACUCGUCGGACGGCGACCUUGGCGACUUUCCAGCUGACGGAAAGUGGUACUCGCCGGAGGGCACGAGCUUCACGUGGAAUGAGGAGGACAGAGAGGGUUUGAUAGAGAUUGCCUUGGAUGGGAACGACAAGAGAGGUCUGGGUUUCCAUGUAGAGGAGGAGAAUUUGAUUGAGAUUGAUAUUUCUCCGACGAGACACGAUGAAUUACCCGGCGAGAAAUUGAUAUUUGCCGGUGAGGUUAGGUUCAGUUAAUGUGGAUUAAUAAAGGAAUCAAUUAGAGAUAAUGGGAUUUUGGGCUUUCGGUUUUUGGAUUUUUUUUCUUUUGACAUCUGGUUUACCGUUGUGUAAUAGACAAUGUGGAGGUAUAAUUAAGCACUAAAUCCAAAGAUUUAAA